AUGGGGGCGCCCGGGGAGCCCGGGCCGGCGGGCUGGGACCGCCGCAGGGUGGGUGCCCGGCUGCGCGCGGCGCUGGCGGGGUUGCGGGAGCUGCAGGGGCUGCGGGAGCGGCAGGAGGCGUUGGUGCGGGGCGCCCUGGCCGAGCCCCCCCUGCCCGCACCCCGGCCCCCCGCCGCCCCCCACGGGCCCCGUGAACAGGAGCCGCUGGAGGCUGCGCUGGCGGCGCUGCAGGAGCGGCUGCUCCGGCUGCGAUGCCAGGACCUUGGCCUGAAAGCCCACCUGGACCAGCUGGAUCAGCGGAUCAGCGAGCUGCAGCUCGACAUGCACAGGACGCCCCCCGAGGGCCCCGACGGCGACAGCCGGCCCAGCUCAGGCUUCUACGAGAUGAGCGACGGCGGCUCCGGCUCCCUGUCUGCCUCCUGCACGUCCGUGUGCAGCAACCGCCCGUCCUGCUCCCUCGGGGCCCUGCCGCCCCGCACCCCCUCGGCCAGGGCCAGCGCGGGGGCCGGCCGGCCCCGGUCCGCGGACGAGACCACCGUGUGCGGGGCCCCCCUGUCUGUGCGGGGGCUGCCGGCCCCUGAGCACGGCGCGGGCCCCUCCCGGCCCAGGCCCGUGUCCACAGGUGACCUUGAGCGCGUCCUCCGGGCUGCGGUGGGGCCCCCGGCGGCCGGCAGCACCGUGUCCUCAGUGCUUCUCCGCCGUGGGCUGGGCCCCCUGCCCCCCCUGCUGGACCCCAAGUACCAGCGCGACCUGGUGUCCAAGGGGGGCGGGGAGGUGUACCUGUACCCCAGCCCCCUGCACGCCGUGGCUCUGCAGAGCCCCCUCUUCGCCCUGCCCACGGGCCCCCCGCAGCGGGACAGCCCCCCGCCGCCCCCAAGCCAGGCCCUUCCCGGCCCCUCGGCGCCACACCCCGCCUGGACGGCGCCGGCCCCCGAGCCCGGGGCGGCCCGAGCCUACAUAGACAAGCUGCUCGGACUGCGGGGCCUGAGGGGCCCCCUAAGAGGCCAGGUGGGGGAGCAGGGACCCCUGUCCUGGAGACCCGAGAUGGGGCGUCGCCCAGAGGGGCUGGCCUGCUCCCCCAGAAGAGCCGGCGUGGGAGGGGGGGCUCUGAGGGGGAACACGGGUGGGGACAGCCUCAAGCAGCGGGGACCUGUGCCCCUGGGAAGCCCCUCACCCCCCAGCAGCCUUCCGGAGGGGGGACAGAGACCCCCCCGAAGCUGCGUCUGUGCGGGGACCAUCCCAGGCUCCCCUCAGCUAGGGGGUAUACCCCGAGCCCAGCAGGCAGCUCCCACCGGCCGGGACGGCCCAGCCAGGCUGCCUGCCAGGCCGGGCCGGGGGCCCUGGGUGCACCCCCACUCCGUCGCCAGCAGCGCUGCCCCAGCGGGGCCGCACACGGGCCAGAGCCCCGGCCUGCCCACCACGAAGGCGGUGAAGAUGGGGAGGGCGGCCAGCUGCAAGGCGCCGAGGCCAGGGAGGCAGCCGCCCCCCGGGGGCGCCCUCCUGGCCCCCCAGCCGCCCCCCACGUGGGGCGCUGGACUAAGGAGGAGGCCCCCACAGGCCCGGGAGGCUCCUGGCCGCUCCUGCUCCGAGUGCAGCCUCUUCCCGGUGUCCCUCCUCGUCCCCGCACCGGUGGCCGUCCGGGGAGGCCACGGGGCGCCCGCCCAGGCCCCGGCCCUCCGGGAGGCAGCCCCCGCGGCGGCCGCCAGGGCGGCCCGGCACAGGCAGCGCAGGUGGCGGUCAUCCGUGGAGCUCUCGGCCCGCGCCCGCCUGCCCGGUGCCCAUGGCAGCGUCCGGGACGUGGGAAGCCGGCCGGCCUGGCCUGGGGCGAGCCCCCCACAGCCCCCGGGCACCCCCGGCCCCAGGCCCCCGGGCACCCCCGGCUCCCGGCCGCCCCCGUCCCCGGUUCCCUGGCUCUGCCGCAUCAAGGCCUCCAAGGCCCUGAAGAAGAAGAUCUGCCGGUUCCAGCCCACUGGGCUGAAGGUCAUGACCCUGGUGUGA